AUGAAGCUAGGAAGCUUUCUCCUAGCAUCAGUGGCGGAAGCCGGGUACUUCCAGGGCUACAACAAGCUGACCGAUGAGGAGAGAGAAGAGCGCCGCGUUCUCUGCGAUGCCAAGAUUGACGAGACGCAAGCCAAGUUCCCUGUAGAGAAUGGAUCAUGGGAUUGCCCCGGCUACGGAAAACUGAGAUCGAAGGUCCGAUGCCACCCGAUCUGCGAUAAGGGCUUCAAUCCAGACUGGACCAGCCACUCCAACUCCAAGCCGAAAAAGCAUAGCCCACGUUUUAUGGCUCGAUGCGGAGAUCCAGCAACGAUCGCCCGAAAGAAUCUCCCUCUUGAUACCGUCUUCAAAUGCUCACCGAGAGCACCACAUCCUUGCGAGGCGUCAGCCGCUACCCUCGACAUCCCUGAUGGCAGCAUCACUUUAAGGACGAAGAUCAACCGCAAGCGGGCAGACUACGUGGUCUACUGCGAAGAUGGAACAAAGAUGGGCGGAGUUCACUGCAACAACGGUGUUUUCAACGCCCCGAAGUGGAACAGACAAGACUGGAAGCAGUCUUGCGUUGGAAAAACAACGACGAUUACACCGCCAGCUACCGAACCACCAACGGAGCCACCAACUGCGCCACCAACGGAGCCUCCAACUGAGCCGCCAACGGAGCCGCCAGCACCAGUUGAUCCAUGCGAGGGCGUUGCCGGCUGCACCACUUUCGUCGGCGUUGACGCAAUAGCACCAGUGAAGCGCACUUGGUCUGAACCAAUCAUCGCUCAACCCAGCUACAAAGUCUCCGUUGACAUUCUCUGUGAUUCUUCCAUGGGCGUCACAGACGACUGGAGAAACAUCGUUCGUUUCAGCGAUGGUGACGAAGAUGAUCAGCCUGGCGAUCGUCAAUUUGGCAUCUGGCGGCACCCGAACGAGGCGCGCAAAUUGCAUCUCGUGGUCAAUGAUGGAACCGAAGACAAAAAUUGGGUUGAUGUUCAAUAUACUUGCACAGAAGGCGAAUGGAAUACGUACUCCGUGACUCAGCUUGAAAACGAUAAGUCUGAGGUCGAAUACUACCUCAGCGUUGAUGGUGUCGAAGUUCUCGCCGGAACCUACAAGAAAUGGGAGACUCCUAACGGUGUCAACAUGUGGGGCUAUUUUUCGGACAAAUACACUGAAGCAGCUUCUUCCUUCCUCGUCAAGAAUUUCUACCACCAAGAAUUGACUCCCGCCUGCGAAGUUGAUCCAUGCAAUGGUGAUCCUGACUGCACCACGUUCAUUGAUGGCUGUGGACUUCAGCCAAUCGUCAACACCUAUUCCGAUGCAGUCACCAUUCAAGCAAGCUACAAAGUCUCAGCUGAUGUUCUUUGCGACUCUUCUAUGGGAGCUCUUGGCAGCUGGAGAAACAUUUUCCGGUUCGGUGAUGGUGGAGACAAAAGCAAUGCUGGCGAUCGAAUUUUUGCUAUGUGGCGACAAGACGAUGACGCCCAUAACUUGUACAUCGCAGUUCACGAUGGAAACCAGGCCAAUUACUAUGAUGUCGCGUAUUUUGAGUGCACCGAGGGCGAAUGGAACACGUACUCCGUCACCCAGGUUGAAAACGAUGAGUCCGAAGUCACAUACAGCCUGACUGUCGACGGAACCGAGCUUUUGACCGGUACCUACAAGAAAUGGAAAGCACCCCAAAAUCGAGACGUGUGGGGAUACUAUUCUGACAACAUCUACUCUGCUGCGUCUUCAUACGUUGUCAAGAAUUUUUACUACCAACGACUCACCCCAGCCUGCAGAACUGAUCCCUGCGAUGGAUCUGACGAAUGCACCACCUUCAUCGAUGGAUGCGGACUUCAGCCAAUCCAAAACACCUAUUCCGAUCCAAUCACCAUUCAACCAAGCUACAAAGUCGCAGCCGAUGUUCUUUGCGAUUCUUCUAUGGGAAAUGACGGCAGCUGGAGAAACAUCCUUCGUCUCAGUGAUGGUGGGGAAAAUUCCAAUGCAGGUGAUCGACAAUUUGCUAUGUGGCGCUCUAACACUGGCGUCCACAACUUGCUUAUCGCAGUCGGCGACGGAAACGAGGCUUAUUACUCUAAUGAUGUAAACUACGAGUGCACUGAAGGCGAAUAUAACAACUAUGCCGUCACCCAGCUUGAGAACGAUAAGUCCGAAGUCACAUACAGCGUGACUGUCGACGGUGUAGAGAUUUUGACCAAUACCUACAAAAAAUGGAAGACUCCUAACAACAGAGACAUGUGGGCCUACUAUUCUGACAAUCACGUCGGUGCAGCUGCCUCUUACGUUGUCAAGAAUUUCCACUAUCAAGCACUUACACCGGCCUGCAGAACUGACCCAUGCAACGGCGCUGAGGACUGCAUCACCUUCAUUGAUGGCUGUGGACUUCAACCAAUCACGAACACUUACUCCCCUGCAUUCACUGCUGCCAAAAGUUACAAAAUCGGCCUCGAGUUCCUUUUCGACUCGUCAAUGGGAACAGAUUCAAGUUGGAGAAGCGUUGCUAAAAUCGGUGCCGGCGACAAUUCGGGUAUGGGCGAUCGACAAAUUGCAAUCUGGCGAAGACCAAGCUAUGCUGACUCGUUCCAAAUCUCAGUCAAUGAUGGGACCAAAUCUAGCUAUGAAAACUCUGUGUACUGGGAAUGCAGCGGCGAGGGCGAAUGGCAAACGAUCGAAGCCGUUCAAAAUGAGAAUGGCGACGACACAGUCAGCUACGUUCUCACUGCCAACGGUGUGGAGCUCCUUUCUGGCACUUACUCCACAAGCCACACUCCAUCCGGAACCAAUCAGUGGGCCUACUUCAGUGACGCUUAUUAUUCUGCUGCUUCUUCCUAUGUUGUCAAGAAUUUCUAUUAUCACGCGCUUUAG